AUGUUUGUCGCCUUUGUUUCCUAUCUUCCCUAUCUUACAGCCCUGGGGGUUCCCACAUUGGCCGAUGUCUCGGCAGGCGUCCGUCGAGGGCCCUUCUUCACGCUGGAACCUCCUCACUGGGUCGAGUUCUCGAACACGAGCGGCGGCGAAGUUCGCUGCGAGGCCGACGGCGACCCUCCGCCCCAGCUGCUCUGGAUCACCGUGGACGGCAGCCCCGUGACCUCUGUGGCCGGACUCCGGGCACUUUCAGAGGACGGGGCACUCACGUUCCCAGCCUUCGCCGCCGACGCCUACAGACAGGACAUCCACGCGGCCGUUUACCGGUGCCUGGCCAGCAACGAAGUCGGAGCCGUAGCCAGCAGAGACGUGCACGUCAGUGCGGUGGUGGACUAUAAAUAUGAGCCUCGCGUGUACGACGGCUUUGUGAUUCGUGGUAACACUGCCGUCCUCAAGUGUCACGUGCCCUCAUACAUCCGUCAGUACACGUUGGUGGAUGCCUGGAUCCGGGACGACGGAUUCACGAUCAACGCAUCUGGCAACAAGGAAGACCGUUAUUCGCUGCUGGAGACGGGCGAACUUCUUGUUCACAAGACCACGUCUGAAGAUGCGGACCGCAGCUACCGGUGUCGCACGCGUCAUCGACUCACCGGACACCUGACGGCAAGCUCUGUUGCGGGGAGGGUAACGGUCACUGAUGCCCACGCCAUGACGCAUGUAAAAAUGGCCCUCAAUUUCCCCGAACUCAAGACUACGGUCGGGAGCCACGUUGAUCUGCCUUGCGUUGCCCAGGGAUAUCCACCCCCGCAUUACACCUGGUACAAAGAGGACAGGGGUCGGCGGCUGUCCGUCGUCGAGUCCGACAGGAUGCAGUCUUCGAACGGCGUGCUCAGCAUCCGCGCUGUCAACGUGCACGACGGCGGGCGCUACGUCUGCAUAGCCAGGAAUACGGUGGGCGAGCAGAAGAUAGAGACGCUGCUUUCCGUGGCUGUGCUGCUGAGUGCUGAAGUCUCCCCGGCAUUCCAGACAGUUGCCAUGGGGCUCCCUGCGCUCUUCAACUGCUCCGUGGAGGGUCAACCUGUGCACAGUAUCACCUGGCGUAAGGACGGGUCGCCAUUGGUUCCGGAUGGACGCAUCCAGAUGGUGUCCCAAAGCCAGCUGAAGAUUCAGACGGUUCGCCGUGACGAUGCCGGCAUGUACCAGUGCGUCGCCCAGAACGACAGAGAUUCCUGCCAGGCGGCAGCUCAACUAAGGCUCGAUGACAUCUCUCCGACCUUGGUGGAAACGUUCGCACCGCAAGUGGUCAAGCGCGGCGAUCCAGUGUCCCUGCUUUGUCGCGCCCGCGGCAGUCCGGCACCUGAACUCACGUGGGCCAUCGACGGGGACUUUCUGUAUCCGUCACAUCGUCUCAAAAUUACCGCCGACCGCGGCUCCCUCGAAGUCAGGUCCCUGCUCAACAUUUCCGAGGCGAGGCACGAAGACAGCGGCGAGUACAGCUGCAUGGCGAGGAACGACAUCGCCACCGAAGCUCAUUCGGCGAGGCUAGAGGUCUACGGCCCUCCCUUCGUGAGGCCCCUGAGGAACGUCACUGUGGUCUCUGGUACGGAGCUUGCCUUGCGAUGUCCCUACGGAGGCUUUCCGGUGGACUCCUUGACGUGGCAGAAAGGAGGAAUGGUGCUACCGGUGAACUUCCGGCAGACCGUGGACUCCCGGGGUCGACUCCUGGUGCGGCAGGCUCAGAAGUCCGCAGACGAAGGCGAAUACUCCUGCAUCGUCACCGGGACCUCGGGCCUCACAGCCAGCGGGUCCACGUACGUCUCGGUGGUCGUGGCCCCUGUGAUCGACGACCAUUUCUUUCCGGAUGUGAUAAAAGUGGAAGAAGGCACUCGCUCGCGCCUCAUGUGUUCAGUGUCCAAGGGUGACCCUCCGCUGAGGUUCCGCUGGCUCAAGAACGGGCUGACAAUCGGCUCCCACGGCGAUCGCAGCAUCGAGGCCACCGACGACUCGUCCAUCAUCAAGUUCGCCCGGGUGCGAUUCGUGGACCGGGGCAGCUACGUGUGUUUUGUGUCCAACGACGCGGCCUCCGUGAACCGCACUGUACAACUCGUCGUUCACGUGAGUCCAAGGUGGAAGACGGAACCUCAGAAUGCGUCGGCGGUGCUCGGCGCUUCAGUGUUUCUUCACUGCGCUUCGGAUGGAUUCCCCUCUCCCGCCAUCACGUGGAAGAAAGGCGAGGGAAGCGCCCCGCGCAACUUCUCGUACAUUCACUACAACUUCCGCAAGCACCACUUCAUCAACGGCAGCCUGCUGGUACGGGAGGUGGAGGAGUCCGACCAGGGGUUCUACCUGUGCGAGGCCCAGAACGGCAUCGGACCGGGCAUCAGCAAGCUGGUAUUUCUCAAAGUGCACGUUCCACCUCGGUUCGAGGUGAAGCAUCGCAGCUUCCUACUGAAGAAGGGAGAAGAUUUCCGCCCCCAGUGCUUGGCGGCCGGCGAUUCUCCGUUGCUCUAUUCGUGGGAGAAGAACCAGAACCCCCUUGACGCCGAACGAUAUCGGGUCAAAGAAGAGCAGAAGCAACGCGGAGUCUUUCAGUCCGACCUGCUGAUUUCACAAGCGACUCGUGAAGACUCGGGUGUGUUCUCGUGCAAGGCCAUAAAUACGUACGGCGAAGAUACAACCCAUUUCCAAGUCAUCGUGCAAGAGCCUCCCGACGCGCCGACAGGUGUUGAGGUCAUGAACUUCACGAGUCGCUCGGCCACGUUGCAGUGGAAUGCUCCUUACAACGGCAACAGUCAAAUCACCAAAUACGUACUCCAGCACAAGCUGCAAAAAGAGUCCUGGAGUGGUCCUGUCUCACAGCUGGUGGUCACGAGUUCAGACACUACAGCGACGGUUCGUGGACUGCAGCCAGUCACAAAGUACGCGCUUCGCAUUGUUGCGGAAAAUGCACUCGGCCCCGGAACGCCCAGCAACGAAAGCCUGGUUACUACUAAGGAGGAAGCCCCGACAGGCACGCCUUCUACACUGACCGUCCACACAACCGGGUCGCAGUCUCUCAAGGUUUCCUGGAAGGCUCCAAGCAAGGAGCAUCAGCACGGAACGAUCCUCGGUUACCGCGUCGGGUACAGGGUUGCCCACUCCGACGACAGCUUCCAGUUCAAGCAGGUGGAGGCUCGUGCUGGCAACAGCGAGGAGGACUCUCCGGGAGGGUCUUCCUUCUUCGAAACCACGUACCUGACUAACCUCCGCCGCCUGACCAAGUACGGCAUCGUCGUCCAAGCGUUCAACGCAGCGGGAACGGGACCUGCGUCGGACGAAGUGAUUGCCACUACACUGGAGACCGCACCUCCAACGUCCCCGGCGGUUAAAGCAAUCCCACUGUCAUCGACAUCGCUAUCCGUACAAUGGGAAAGAGAUCCUAAGGACAAGUCAUCGGUUACAGAGUACGUGCUGCACUACGGCACCGAGGCCAGCGACUGGCUCCAGCUGCCACUCAACGCCACCAAGCAAUCGUUUGUGCUGGACGGCCUCAAGUGUGGCACCCUGUACAGGCUCUACAUGACCGCCUCCAACAGUCUCGGCACGGGAGAGCCGGGAGCCGAGGUCUCUGUCCGAACCAAGGGAGCAGCUCCGAUCUCUCCGACGACUGACAAGUUCAUCACGACCAACUCGACCACGGCCACGCUGCACCUGAACGCCUGGUCAACCGGCGGCUGUCCGGUGACCCGUUUCGCCAUCCAGUACCGGCUCAAGUUUCACCCGGCCUGGCUGUCCCUGGCGGACUCGGUGAACCCGCGGCGACGCCAGUACCAGCUCACCGACUUGGUGCCCAGCCGACAGUACCAGGUGAACGUGAUCGCUCACAGCGAGGCCGGGGCGACGCAGGCCGACUUCGAAUUCCAGACGCCGGCGCUGUCGGCGGCAGUGGCCACGUUGAUUCCGACGGCCAUCCAGGACCAAGCGCCUUUGCCACUUCACAAAAACAUGGCAGUGGUAGCGCCCGUCGCGGUGUCGGCAAUCCUGGUCGUGUUGGCCCUCCUGGUGGUCUACAUCUGCCUCAAGAGGCAGAACUCGGAUCACGGCAGCCAGAACUCUGAUGGUACGCACCCUCGGAAACUGUACCUUGAGGAUGCCGUGAUCAUGUCCGAGUUCGAUCAGAAGCAAGCCACUGGCAAGGACACCCUUCCUCGCUCGAGCUGCUGCCAUUCUCCGACCGGAAAGUCAGUUCCAGGGUGCCCGAAACCCGAGAAUUGGUCAAGAGGAAGGCCUUACACGGACCGGUAUCCGGCCUCGGAAACGCCGUACGCCGUUCGGCCAUUCGGAACGAGGAGAUCGACGGCUGACGAGUUCUCAUCGCAAGCGCCGCCACUUUCGACAUCCUUGGUGCGGAAGCCCUGCCAAAUAUCUGUCUCCUUAUCUGAGAUGGCAGACGUACCCUACUAA